AUGGCGUCUCUGUCCGAGAUCACGAAGAUGGCGGAUCGGCCGCUGAACGAACUGCUAACUCACGACCUGGUCGACAUCUACGUCGGGCCCCUCUCAACCCACUGGAUCCUACACGAGAAACUCCUCUGCGCGCGCUCCCUCUUCUUCCGCCGCGCCUUCUACACCUCACACAAGCGCACCUCCACAUCCACACCCUCCAAAUCCCCUCGCUCUCAAACCCCAUCAAGCACAACCCACGACCAAGACAAACCCCCCUCCCCACCCCCCUCAACAACAAAAACCCUCUACCUCCCCACCGACGACACCACCGCCUUCCAAACCCUCACAUCCUGGCUCUACAGCGCCACAAUCCCGCACCCACGCAGCGAAUCCGACCUAACCCCGCUCUUCGACCUCUACCUCAUGGGCACUAAAUGGGGCAUGCCGACGCUCACCGUGCAAGCCCUCGAGGCCGUGCGGUCGUGGUAUGCGGAUAACGGGACGUAUCCGAGCUUGCGGCGGGUGCAGUAUGUGUGUGCGGGUACGGAGCCGGGGGAUGCGAUGAGGGGGUUUGUGGUUGGGUGUGUGGCGAGGGGGCUGGCGCUUGGGGAGGUGGGCGGGCUGCCGGGGCAUUGGGAGAGGGCGUUGAGGAGGGAUGGGGGGUUGGGGGUUGAGGUGCUUUUGUGUGUUCGGGGGUGGGGGGUUAAGGGGGUGGAUGUGCCGGAUUUGAGGAGGGGGGAUGGUGGGGUCGUGAAGGGGGAGAAGGAGCAGGAGAAAGAGGAGAAGGAGCUCAAGAAGGAGGAGAACAAGGAGGAGAAUGAGGAGGAGGAGCAGGAGGAGGAGGAGAAAGCGGAGGAUGAAGACGGGCAAGCGUUCAAUAUGAAGGCUUUGAACAAGGAAUUGCCAAAUGGACUUGUGAAUGGACAUGCCGAGUAA